AUGACUCAGGGCACUAAUGAGGAAUUUCAAGCCUUGGUAACUGUAACAACGGACCCAACGUGUUACUCACAAGCUGUGGGCCACCCACACUGGCGGGAUGCUAUGGACCAAGAGUUCAACGCUCUUCUCCAUAACAACACCUGGCAGCUUGUUGCACCUGCACUGGAUAUGAAUAUAAUCGGAUGCAAGUGGGUGUUCCGUACGAAGCGUACGGCUGAUGGCACGGUUGAGCGGCACAAGGCACGCCUUGUUGCCAAGGGUUUCAAUCAGGUAGCGGGCGAAGACUUCUUCGACACUUUCAGCCCGGUGGUUAAACCAACCACGGUGCGCAUGCUACUGUCGCUGGCCAUCACCCACAGCUGGACUCUACGGCAGCUAGAUGUCCACAAUGCCUUCCUAAAUGGGCACUUAGCCGAGACAGUCUACAUGAACCAACCACCUGGGUAUGAAGAUCCAGCACACCCAGAUCACGUUUGUUUGCUCCAGCGGUCUCUCUAUGGUCUGAAGCAGGCACCUCGGGCCUGGUUCAAACGCUUGCAUGAUUUCUUACUCACUACAGGGUUCUGUGCAUCGAAGACGGAUGUUUCUCUAUUCUACUACGUCUCGGAUGGGUCUCGUGUCUACCUCCUGGUCUACGUAGACGACAUCAUCAUGAUGGGCAGUAAUCCUACUUUGGUCAACACCUUACUAAACCGUUUGGCUACAACUUUUAAAGUCAGGGACCUUGGCAAACCGGGCUUCUUCUUAGGCAUUGAAACAAUACACACGAGUGCAGGAAUGAUCUUAUCGCAAAGGCGUUAUAUGAAUGAUUUAUUGAAUCGGGCAGGGAUGACAGAUUGCAAGCCUCUAGCAACUCCAGCUUCCACGACGCAAGCAGUAACCCCGUCUGACGAGCUGUUCGAUAAUCCUACUCAGUAUCGUCGUAUAGUUGGCGCACUGCAGUAUCUGACCAUCACUCGUCCUGACUUAUCUUAUGCUGUCAACCGCUUAUGUCAAUUCAUGCACUCACCGACCGUUGAUCACUGGGCCAUGGUCAAGCGUGUGUUACGGUAUGUCAAGGGCACUAUGGAUUACGGGCUCCGGCUAUCGGCUUCCACUUCCACGUCAGUACAGGCAUAUUCCGACUCCGAUUGGGCUGGUUGUCCGGUAGAUAGGAAGAGCACCAGUGGGUAUGCAGUCUUUCUCGGGACCAAUCUCAUUUCCUGGCUUUCCCGGAAACAACGGACUGUGGCCCGGUCGUCCACAGAAGCAGAGUACAAGGCCUUAGCAGAUGUGGCAGCUGAGGUACGUGGGUUGUAUCCCUUCUCCGUGAGCUAG